AUGCACUUCCACACUCCCAAGGCCACAGGUGUGGCAUACUGCUGCAGCCGCACGUACUUCCGCCCGCUGCUGUGCCUCACUGCACUGCUGUGCCUCAUCCACCUGCUGGUGUACACCCCACACAGCGCACUGUGCCAGGAUGCAGGACCUGCUAUCCGCACUGUAAAAGCUUUGUUUUUUAAUCGAACUGAUAUUUUAUCAACACGAAGGCUUUUUGCCGCUCUCGUUGCUGGGUUUAGAGCCUCGCUUUCGUCCCAUAACUUCACCGUGACUGAUGGCAUACGUGUUGAAAUUGUGAAAAGGGAGGCAACAGUUGACAACUUGUACAAUCUUGCGGUUAAUGAUCUCUCAAAAGACAAUCGUAUUUUUGUUUUAACUGGAAUAUUUGGUGAUGUUGCACUUCAGCACGUCUUGCCUGCUAUUGAGAGUCAUGGUGUUGUGGCUUUCGCCCCAUUCACUGGUUCUAGCACACUAAGGAAAUGGAAUCCUCAUCUCUAUUUUACCCGUGCGGAACCUGCUUCAGAGCUGCUUGCGCUCAUACGAUAUGCUAUGAACAGUCUCUGGGUACAUCGGUUAGGAUUCAUGUAUUUACAGAACGUAUCUUAUGGUGAUCUCGAGUUUAAUCAUGCACGAGAAAUUAUUUUUACUCUGGGUCAAAAUAUCAGUGGCGUGUUUACAGUGAAGAGCUCUCUCAGUGAACCUGCUGACGAUGUUGUUUUCAAUGCUACUUGGGAGGCGUUUGCGGACACUCGUCCACAGGCUGUUAUUGUGUUUGGUUCACCUAUCAAAGACACUGCGAAGUUCAUCAAGAGGAUGCUGACAGACAAGCGUACUGCUGGUGCAUAUCUGCUGGGCCCACUUGCUGUGCAAGAGAUGCUUCUAAGUGUGUGGCGUGAAGCUGUAGAUGCAGGUGUUCCGUUUGUGAGUGGUCAAGUGAUUACUUCGGGGACGAACCCACUUGCGAAGGACACACAGUACGUUGCUAUCCAGCGCUUCCAGAAGGAUAUGGAGGAGUAUCUAAGAAAA